AACCCCCGAAAAACAUAGUGAUAGUCAACGUGAAGAGAAGAGAGAGGUAAUGACGGCACUUCCUUCAAAAGCAAAGAAGAAGAAGAAGAAGAAGAAGAGGAGACGGGAUAACGAUUCAACGUACCGUGUUGAAUUCUUUUGCUUUUCACCAAAUGAACGUUGAAACCGCGUUAGCUACUUUCGUGGUCUUCUUGAUGUUCUUGAAAGAGUGUUUGGUUACCGAGAAAGCAGUGAAAAUGGAAAGAGGCUAGAAGUUUCCUGCUUUUGAUUCAUUGCCAGUGAGAAUUGUGCUACUUUUAUUUGGUUAUUUCCACAUAAUCUUCGGGUUGUAGAACUCAGUCAAGCAAUUCAGGAGCUGUUCUCCGCUAGUUGAAAAUUUGGCAGGUGAUCAUUGAUAAUCCGUGACCAAUGAACUUGUCUAUUCAUAUUCAACAAAGAGUAAAAUCUUUGGGAUGUAAUACAGUUUUAUUAUGAUUCUCUAAGCGGUUGAAUCCGACUUUACACUGUUUCAGAUACACACAGUAAAAGACAACUUUAGACCAUAAACUUAGUUUCUUUCAAUUACAAGCUUACGUGUCUGUCUUUUCUUUGUGUAUCUAUACACUAGUUAGCAUUACUUGCAGUGCUGAUUGCUUAUUCCUUCUUAUGUGCUUUUUAUGGUAUGUCCUUAUGGUCGUUUGUUUUAUCUUCGCUUUCUUUCUUUUCCAAAGCGAUUUCAUUUCUUUUUAUUCUAUCUACCUGUUCAGAUGGGAGAAAACAAAAGUUUAGUUUCUAGAAUCCAGAGUGGAAACAUUAAAAUCAAAAUUUUGUGAAAACAUAGGCAGUUUGAUAGUCAUAAGCAGCUCCAGAGGAAGUGGGAUGGUUAAUUUUAGAAAUUUGUAAAAAUCAAAGUUGGUGAGUUGUGGUUUCUGUGGGGCUGAUGGUGGUUAGGUACUGAUUUCAGAGGUUGAACGGGGCAUCUGGUGCUUCUUGUGGUGCUGGUUAAGAUAUAGUACUUGUUAGAGCUUAUAAGGAAAAGGUGAGAAUUCGGCAUGAGGGUGGAAAUGUGAAUUUGAAGUAAUUUUGUUUUCGUGGUGAGGUUGAUGGUUGGGAACAAUUUGUUGAUGGUUUUGUUGCAGAAACAUUUGGAUGAUCUUUAGAUCUUGAGUUUCUAUUAAGGAGAUGGUGGCACCAGCAACGUUGUUCUCAUAUUCAAUUUAGCUGCUCUCACCACACCACUUAAGAAAACAAAGUUUUCCCUUGGCCUGGUGCUAUUAGUAUGUUUAGUUAAAGGUUCAGUCUUUUGUUUACUUGCUUCUAAAUACAUGGCGAAUGUUGCUUCUGUCUUUUAUUAACUACAAAACAAACACACAACUUGCAGAUCCGGGAUGCACUUAUCUAUGCUAGUUUACUCAUAUUCUACUUUUAAUUUUUGAAGGGAUGAUUACAAAAAGCCAUUUUUCAUCCCAAUUUGGAGAUAGCCUCUCUAUCCAAUCAUGUUUUCCCGUAAAUAGAUCUACGGCAAAUUCAUCAGUUAAAUCUUUGGAGGGAGACGAUGUAAACACAAAUAUUAUACUCUCUGACGAUGAAAUAAGCCUCAAUGAUGCUGCGUCCCAGGGAAUACCAUAUCAUGCUGAUCACGCAUUUUCUUUUGGUGUUAAUGCUUUCAAUCAAUCUAACUAUUCAUUUCAACAAUUGCAUAGCUCCAAUAUGACCUUUUCUGGACAAGUUCCUUAUUUCCAGCCUCAUCAAGAUAUUCCAAACUCAAUAGAUUUUUCACAAGUUGAUGAAGGAGAUGCUACGCAAGUCCUAAAUUCAUCCGUUUGGAGGUCUGCUUACGCUUUAAACAGUCAAAUCCAACCAGCUAUUAGGCAAUUAAUAAGAGAAACAGAUGAUGCAUCUAACAUUUUUCCACAAGCAGCAAUGCCUCAAUCGGUUGCAGAUACUGUGGAGACAAGGGAGAAGUUCUUUACAGUUUAUGUUCCCUUGUUUCUUGCAUCGCUUAGAGGUGACUGGAAUCUCGCUAGAGAAUUUUUGAAUUUGAAUCCACAAGCAGUGCGUGCUACAAUAACAAGGAAUUCAGAAACUGCCCUGCACAUUGCAGCUGGGGCAAAACAUGUAACCUUUGUUCAGGAACUGGUGGAGCUGAUGGAGCCUAUUGAUCUUGAAAUGAAGAACAAUGAUGGGAAUACAGCUCUAUGUUUUGCAGCAGUAUCUGGAAUCAUGAAGAUUGCAGAGGCAAUGGUCAGAAAGAAUAAUAAAUUGCCUUCUAUUCGCGGCAGUAUGAGAGCAACACCAUUGCUUAUGGCUGCUUUGUUAGGCCACAAAGAUAUGGUCUGGUAUCUUUAUUCUGUGACCAAAGAAGAUGACCUUACAGAUGAAGAUUUGAUUGGGCUUCUUGUUGCCGUCAUCAAUGCUGACCUUUUUGAUAUAGCUUUGGCAAUACUUCAGCAUAAUCCACAAUUAGCUACAGCUCGAGAUGGAAAUGGAGAGACAGCUCUUCAUGUCUUGGCUCGAAAGCCCUUGGCAUUGCAAAGUAAAAGCCUAUUAAGCACUUUCAAGAGGGAGCCCAUUUUGAAGGUCUUGUUCUUGAAUCUCUCCAAUUUUAUAGCCCCAGAUCUCAGGUUCUCAAAGUUAAUGCAAAACGAAGCACUUGAACUGGUGGAGCAACUGUGGAAGCAUGUUUUGUUGCUGGAUGACUCAAAAAUAGGAGAACUAAUUAGGAAGCCUUCACGAUUGCUGUUCACUGCAGCAGAAUUGGGGAAUUUUGAGUUCAUAUUUGUGCUGAUCCAAAUGUAUCCUAGUCUGAUCUGGAAAGCUGAUAAUCAUAGCCGAAGCAUUUUUCACAUUGCAGUGUUGCAUCGUCAAGAGAAAAUUUUUAAUCUCAUACAUGAGAUUGGUGCACACAAAGACUUGAUAGUUGCAUACAAAGAUGAAUACAAUAAUAAUAUUCUACAUUUGGCUGGAAAAUUAGCUCCUCCAGAUCGACUCAAAAUUGACUCUGGUGCUGCUCUGCAACUUCGGCGAGAAUUACACUGGUUCAAGGAAGUAGAAAAGCUUGUCCAGCCUUCAUAUCGAGAUAUGAGAAAUUCAGAAGGGAAAACUCCCCAUAUCUUGUUCACGGAGCAGCACAGAGCACUUGUCCGAGAAGGGGAAAAAUGGAUGAAAGAUACCGCUUCUUCAUGUAUGGUUGUUGCCACUCUCAUUGCCACAGUAGUGUUUGCUGCUGCCUUCACUGUUCCUGGCGGUAAUAAUAAUGAUACAGGGAGGCCUAUAUUUCUUCACCACAGGUCAUUUAUGGUCUUCUCUGUAUCAAAUGCAUUAGCUCUAUUUUCUUCUGCAUCCUCCAUAUUGAUGUUCUUGUCCAUCAUCACCUCACGAUAUGCUGAAGAAGACUUUCUUCAUUCAUUGCCAAACCGGCUUAUCAUAGGGCUUGCGACCCUUUUCAUAUCUAUAGUCAACAUGAUGGUAGCCUUUGCAGCCAGUCUGUUCAUUGUUCUUGGGCAUGAUUUUGUUUGGCUUACUAUUCCCAUUGCCACAGUUGCUUGUGUCCCUGUCACCUUGUUUGGACUUUUGCAGUUCCCACUCUUUGCAGAUAUGAUCAGCCAUCUAGUUCCUGUGAAGGAAACUCCAUAUUUGCUGAUAUCAAGCAGGUCCUCCACCCAACCCUGCAAUCAGUGCAGACCAAGUCUUCAGCAAUCAUCAUUAAUUUGUUUCUCUGCAUAUUGUGUAAUUAUGUAUUGCCUAAUCUAGCUCCCUAGUUCUUGUAAUUUUACUGUUACAUAUCUUAUUACUGCAUGGGAUUUUAAUCCCAUAAUAAAAUAAGUCAAUUAAGGAAA